AUGAUUGGUGACACGAUUUUAAUUAUUUGUAUUUCAAUUGCAACUGCAUUACUUGGUGAAGGUCUCACAUGGUUGCUUGUCUAUCGAACAGAAAAAUAUCAAAGAUUAAAAGGUGAAGUCGAAAAAGCAAGUAAACGACUUGAACGUCAAAAAGAAAAUGUUAGUGAAGCAGCAGAUAAAGUUCAAAAACGAAAACUUGAACGUCAAGAAGAAAAAUUAAAAGUUAAUAAUCGAGAUUUAUCAAUGGUUAAAAUGAAAUCAAUGUUUGCAUCAAGUUUUACAUUUAUGGCAUUACUUGGCAUGUUUAAUUCAAUUUUUGAUGGUCGUGUUGUUGCUAAACUUCCAUUUGAACCAAUUCCAUUGAUACGUGGAUUAUCUCAUCGAAGUUUAUCUGGUGAUGAUUUUACAGAUUGUUCAUUCAUUUUUCUAUAUGUUUUAUGCACAAUGUCUAUUCGACAGAAUGUUCAAAAACUAUUUGGUCUUGCUCCAUCACGUGCUGCAAGUAAAGCAUCCGGUGGUUUCUUUUCACCUCCUGGUCAAUUAUCACAACGUUAA